AUGUCACUCAUUCAAGAUGGGAAUGAUGCUCUUGCAAACCUUGAAAGCCAGCAGACAAUAUGCGAUGACCAAUAUUCUUCUCGGCGCGAGAGAGUGCGUUUAGCUGAAAAAAAGCUUGCAAGAGAGUUUUUUGGAAUCUUACGCGUCAAAUUUGGACGGGUUAGUAAUGAGCGCGUGAUGGACCUUUUAACAAGUUCCAACUUUCUGGAUUGUUUUGGUCAAUUUUACCCUGAGAUACCGAGUUCACCAAUGGACUUUGAGAGUGCCUAUAUUAGUGGCAUACCGAGUUCACCAAUGGACUCUGAGCGUGCCUCUACUAGUGGAACGCAAGGUUCAUCACCACAACCUCAAGGUCCACCACCAUCAUAUGGAGUUGUAAUGAGGAAACCUAAACUCUAUAAAGUGACUCAACAGAACCCAGGUGAUCAACUUCCAUCGUAUCAAGAAGUAAUGAACAACCCUCAAAAGUUCCCCAAGGUCUUGGAAGAUCCUGAUAUUACCGAAUCGUCAUCAAUGAAUCCAUCUAUAGUUCAUUCUACUCAAACAUCUUCCAGUGUUCCAUCCAGUCAACAUACAGCUUCAUCCACUCUACGAAGAGUUUCAUCCACUCUACAGAGAGCUUCAUCCAGUCUACGGAGAGUUGCAUCUAGUGUGCGAAAAGUUUCAUCCAGUCUUGCAUGGAAAGUCGAUCGUUCUUGA